AACCUUGGCCUGCACCUGGUGGCACCAACCAAUGCAACCACUCCCUUCCUUUCCCCCCCUACUAAAAUUCAAAAAUUCGCGAGCUGGAUUCAAAACCUCCUCGCCCCAGCUCGUCAGACCGCCCAACCUGCUCAAACCAGACUCUUCGCGUUAUACACAUAUACACACCACCGUUCUGCCUUUUCCGCUGCAUUUCAUCAUUGACAGGCGACGGUCGCUGGGCCCCCCACCCUCCAAUCCACGGAGUGGACUCGCGCACGACCUUGCCUCUCUGUAGCACGCCAUAUAGCGUAAAGUCACCUCAAAAUACCCCCCCAACGCCUUCCCCUUGCGGCCCCUGGAUAUUCGUACCCUCUGGGCACCGCAUUUCAGAAGAGAUGCGCAUCCGGUCCUUACUUACUUAAUCAGCACACCCUGAAGCUUCCUGAAUCAUUACGGAAUCAUUGCGCCUCCACCGAAGUUCUUCGCGCCGGGCAGGUACCAAACAUCCUGGUCCUCCCAAGACAAACGUGAUGGCGUCAACUCCCCUCGAAGCCAUGGCCCUGCGCCAAAGUAUAGAAGUACCGAUGGAUCGCGCCGGUAGAGAGACCAGAGAUACGACAACAGAGAGACCGCAACCCAUCACUUUCGAGGACGAGAACACGAUCGACAUGUUGGAGGCAGGACAACCACCGUCGAAAGACAACUGCGCGAGGGAUGGGGAAUAUAAGACCAAGGACUCGACUAUCUCCCUCCCCUCCACCGACAAAGUAGCCGGCAAGACAGUCGCACCAUUUCUCGCCAGGCAUAUUCCUGAGUCAUAUGCCCCGCAAGGAACUCAAUCCAAGCGAAAGGAUAUAUCGGAGAAGGAUGCUUUGAGGAAGAACCCCAAUACCAAAUACUGCUACAGACAUCGACCAGAUUCCAAGUGUCGAAGGACUGCUGAUGAGCCGACAAUGGAGAACUUACAGAGGGUAUGUGGACUUUGAUCUGUGAACGACGAGCGUAACUGACAACUCGGUAGGAUUUGGCAACACUCACUCAUGCAGACCAGCAAGGCAUAUCACACGUUUGGUCUCUGUUCUCUGCGGCCCCGGCAAAACAGAGGAAUCUUAUGCUCCAAGGCAUAUUAGCCCAAUGCUGUUUCCCUCAAUUAUCCUACCUUUCCACCACGGUUCGCGACCUCAUUCGCAUCGACUUUAUUAGUGCUCUUCCUUCUGAGAUAUCAUUUAAGAUUCUGUGUUAUCUGGAUACCACUUCUUUGUGUAAAGCCGCUCAGGUCAGUCAAAAAUGGCGACUACUGGCGGAUGACGAUGUGGUAUGGCAUAAGAUGUGUGAGCAGCAUAUUGAUCGAAAGUGUCAGAAGUGUGGAUGGGGAUUGCCUCUGUUGGAGCGAAAACUACUACGAGAUUGGAAACGCCAGCAGCAACUCCGAGGGACCGGUCGAGGUUUAAAUGAAUGGUCACCUCGUCUGACGCCGGUACCAGAUCAAAAUCCAGAGACCGAUUUAGUAAAAGUGGCGUCAUUGAACGGUUGUGGCAAGAGAACUGCUAGCAUUUUUGGCUCCGAUAAUCUGUCGCCUAUUUCCCCGGAAACUGGCAAACGACAAAGAUUGAACACUGAAGACUCAGUUAUUGAAAAGCCCAAAUUCCGCCCUUGGAAGGAUGUUUACAAGGACCGAUUCAGAGUAGGAACAAAUUGGAAGUAUGGACGAUAUUCCACCAAGAUAUUUCAAGGCCACACAAAUGGUGUAAUGUGUCUUCAAUUUGAUGAUAAUAUGCUGGCUACUGGAUCAUACGACGCAACCAUUAAGAUUUGGGACAUUGAAACCGGAAAGUGCCUGCGUACAUUGCUUGGACAUACAUCUGGUGUUCGGACAUUACAAUUCGAUGACACCAAACUUAUCAGCGGUAGUCUGGAUCAUACUGUACGUGUUUGGAACUGGCGCACUGGUGAAUGUCUCUCGACAAUGUAUGGUCAUACUGGUGGUGUUAUCGGCGUACAUUUUGACGGAAAUAUCCUCGCAUCUGGCUCAGUAGACAAGAGUAUUCGAAUCUGGAACUUUGAGAAUAAGCAGGUGUUUGUCUUACCGGGUGGCCGAAAUGGUCAUGACAAUUGGGUCAACUCAGUCAAAGUCGAUUCCGCUUCCCGAACUGUUUUCUCUGCGUCCGAUGAUUGUACGGUUCGACUUUGGGAUUUGGACACCCGACAGACCAUUCAGCUGUUUGAAGGGCACGUGGGACAGGUUCAGCAGAUUACUCUUAUGCCCCCAGAGUAUGAACCAGACGAUUUUGAGCUGGAGGAUGAUGACGCUGCAAGUAGUUCAGGGAGCACAUCUGAUGCUGGGCCAAGCUCACCAAACGCCAAUACGAAUCCGUCUCCCUUUGAAGAUUGGCCAGAAGAACGUCCCAGACCUGCCAGAUACAUCAUUACCGGCGCGCUCGACUCCACGGUUCGAUUGUGGAACGUCACCACAGGAAAGUGUCUGAAGACCUUCUUUGGACAUGUAGAGGGCGUCUGGGCUGUGGCCGCUGAUACUCUUCGUGUCGUCUCCGGGGCCGAGGACCGUUUGGUGAAGGUUUGGGACGCAAGAACUGGCAAGUGCGAAAAGACGUAUACGGGACAUGCUGGGGCUGUCACUUGUAUUGGCUUAAGCGAUAGUAAACUGAUUACUGGUGGUGAGGAUUGUGAAGUUCGAAUGCAGAGUUUCAAGAGCGAGAAUAGGGAGCAAUCUUUUGAUGGAGAUGCGGGUUGUUCGACGAAAAGUACUUAGGUGCUUGCGCUCCAACGGACUGAUCGUCUAUUCACUUCCCGAUUUUGAGGACGAUGGACAAUGUUUUGCGAUGAUUUUUUUAUUGUUGUUAAUGGCAUUACUGCUGUGCAGGUAACUACCCACUUUUGCGGAUUUUCUUUUCUUGCUGCAAUUUAGCGAGCCAUGGGGCUGUUUUUGUGCAAUAGAAAUGGAUGGUAUGGCAUGGCGUGGCAUUGCAUGGUAUGGUAUGGGAUUUGCUGGUUGGCGAAUCACGGAAUGGGAAUCAAUGAGUGGCGUUUUUAUGGAUGGAUGGUGCCGUGCGUUGACCUUGGGAUUCAUGGAACUUGGGGAAGGGCAUUCACCUGCAAGGAGUGAGUUGUGCUUGGUGUGUGUGUGUGUAGAUCUUUUGAUAACCAAUCAAUUAAUGAAAGCAAU